GCCACUCUAACGCAUCACUUACUUAAUUCCAAUCCCAGGCCUGCCGGAAGCGGAAGACGCUGACUGAGUUCACGGCCAUGGAUAGCCCCGACACCACCGUCCAGGUCAGCGGCGGCGGCGGCGGGCGCGUGCUGCUGCUGCCGUUCCCGGGGAUGCAGGGCCACGCCAACCCGAUGCUGCAGCUCGGCCGCCGCCUAGCCUACCACGGCCUCCUCCCCACCCUCGUCCUCACCCGCCACGUCCUCUCCACCACCGCCCCCUCAGACUGCCCCUUCCCCGUGGCCGCCAUCUCCGACGGCUUCGACGCCGGCGGGAUCGCCUCCUGCCCCGACACCGCGGAGUACCUGCGCCGGAUGGAAGCCGCUGGGUCGGACACACUGGCGCGGCUCCUGCUCGCCGCCGACGUGCGGGUGCUCGUGUACGACUCGCACCUGCCGUGGGCGCGGCGGGUCGCGCGGGAUGCCGGCGUGGCCGCGGCCGCGUUCAUGACGCAGAUGUCCGCGGUGGACGUGGUCUACGGCGAGGCGCGCGCGGGGCGGGUGGCCCUGCCGCUGGCGGACGGGAGCGCGCUGCGUCGCCGGGGUGUGCUCAGCGUGGACCUUGGGCCCGAGGACGUGCCGCCGUUCGUGGCCAAGCCCGAGUGGUACCCGGCGUUCACGGACUCGGCGCUAGGGCAGUUCGACGGGCUGGAGGAGGCCGACGACGUGCUCGUCAACUCAUUCCGCGAACUGGAACCCAAGGAGGCAGAUUACAUGGAAUUGAGAUGGCGCGCAAAGACCGUCGGCCCUACAUUGCCAUCCUUCUACCUAGACGACGAUCGUCUUCCAUUGAAUAAAUCCUACGGCUUUAACCUUGUCUCAAACCCUGCCCCUUGCAUGGCAUGGCUUGACAAGCAGGCUUGUUGCUCUGUGGUCCUCGCAUCCUAUGGUACAGUUGCUAACCUUGAUGCCACACAACUAGAAGAGCUAGGCUAUGGGUUGUGCAAUUCUGGAAAGGCUUUCCUUUGGGUGUUGAGGUCUGAAGAAGCAGAAAAGUUGCCUGAUGAACUUUGUGGAAAAUGCAACAUGAAAGGCCUAAUUGUUUCUUUUUGCCCUCAGCUGGAGGUAUUGGCCCAUAGAGCCACAGGUUGUUUCUUGACGCAUUGUGGAUGGAACUCGACAACCGAAGCAAUUGUCACUGGUGUACCCAUGGUGGCAAUACCACAAUGGGCAGACCAACCGACAACCGCAAAGUUUGUGGAAAGCGCUUGGGGGAUUGGCUUGCGUGCACGUCGGGAUGGAAAAGGCUUGGUGAGGAGGGAAGAGAUAGAGAGGUGUAUCAAGGAGGUAUUGGGUGGGGAAGAGUAUAAGAGGAAUGCUUCCAAGUGGAUGCAAAAGGCCAAAAGCUCAAUGCAGAAAGGAGGGAGCUCGGACAAGAAUAUUACAGAUUUUGUGGCCAAGUAUUUACCAAAUUCAAGAUCAUACGAAGAUGGUCAUUCUUGAUGGAUUGAUUUAAAGUCAACCCUCGCAGAGUUAACAUAUUUUCCAUAGAUUUUGGUUGUCUUGGAGUUGAAGUUAAACCACAUUCCUAUGUUGCAUGACUUAAGAAGGAGGUUACUGUCUGGCAAACUGAUUGUUCUCGGUUGCUAAAAAAUGUUCAAUUAAUACACUGAAGGUUUGCUAAUCAUGUAACUGCUGCAGGUCAGAAAAAUCACAAUGCUUUUACAUAGAUAGAAGUAUAUAUGAUGUAAUAUACCAAGGCUAAAGAAUGAUUACCCAAAUGGUAUGCUCAAAAUCUGAUGCCUACAUGUGUUCCAAUAACCAAUCAAGAGAUACUGUAAAAUCUGUAAAUUUAGCUAUGUGUUAAGAAGCAUUAAUAAUCACUCUGCAACUUGCAAUAUGACUAAGUCUCAGAUAUAGAGGUGUAAGGAAACAUUAACCAUUAUUCUUACAAAAAUCACAACGAUUCACAAAUGUGGUGAGAUGAAUCAUCCUAUAACUCACUCUGAAUAUUUCAUCUAUAACAGGUUUAACUUUAAGGUUGGAGAACCUGUGCCUGUUAAUCCUUGCCCAUUUUUGCAGACACGGACAUGAAAUGAGUCAGGAUCCUCCAGAAUGCAGCGUCCAGAAGGAGGGACAACACAACCAAGAGUGUCCGCCAGGUGGACUUCUCGUAGGAAACGAAGCAGAUGCAGAAAAGAAGCGGCCCACAAGUUAGUUAGAAGUCCAGAAUGCAAAGCCCAUCUUAGAGUCAAGACCCUGUGGGCGGGACCUGUUAGUAGGAUGCACGGCGGCGCUCUCCUUUCUUCUACAGGGGUGGCGGCGGCGGCGGCGACGGCGGCGCUCUCCUUUCCGGCGAUGAAUCCCAGGAUGGCGGCGGCGGCGUAAGUUGAGCCAGGCAGCUUCCUGCAGAUCAUACCGGAAUGGAGCAAAAGUUGAUGUUAUUUACACAAGAGCACAAACUGCAUCUUUUGAAAGUUAUACAUGUUCUUCUGACCACAUAUACUUCAUCAGCAUUGCCUUUGAGGUUCACAAGACCAGCAAGAAUGUCAUCGUGUGUAAGAUGGAGAUCUUGGUAUUUCUGUGAAAUUUCCACUACUUCCAAGAAGCUAGUGUACAUGCCUGCCGUGGAUGAUUGUCUUUUGAUGCUUAGCAAUGAAGCUGUCCAAUUAGAUGGUGAUCAUCACAGGUCAUCCCAUCUGCCUAGCUGGCAGUGCCCAUCAAAGGGUUGCUUUCAAAAUGCGGAAAAAUUGUCCAGGAUAUGUAAUUCUGAUACGAUUGGACAUUUGCAGUAGAGUUCUUUCCAUGGAGAUGGCUCUAACAUAGUUCUUGCUCUCAAGCUGUCAAUAUAGUAAUGUACACCAUGACAUCUCCUGAUUUUUGUAAGCAUGUACUGACCAGAAUAUACCAGCAUUAUACCUUGAGCUACUAUACAUGAAGAUUGAGGGUGCAGCUUGUAUCCAUUGAAAUCUCCAUAAGACUCAUUUGGACGGAAGUGCUUGUCGAGAAGAAAUUGCACAAGAAUGCAGUCUUGACAUAGUCUAUCGCAGAUGAUGAACUGGUCUCCCAUGGAAAAUCAAUGUCAAGAUAAUCUAUACAAGUUACUGAUCAUAUUAUAGUGGUAAUUUCGUCAGCUGUUUGAGGAAAGGACACCAUAACUUUUGAAUUUGUUGACUGACUUGCAUAGCCAUUCUUGGAUUGCAGAACGGAGGGCAUGGUUCGGCAAAAGAUCACGGUGGAAUAGCUCAAGGUUUGUCAUGGGUGAUGUCUGGUGUCCACUGUCAAUCCACUCCCUUAUAGCUUCGGCUUCAUAGCUUUCGUGGUUGCUGGAACUAUGUGGUAUGGAUCAACAACAACCCCAAUUGAACUAUUUGGGCCUACUGAAUCAGGGACACUUUUAACGAGAAAUAUAUCAAAGAGUUGGCAAUAAUUUUGCUGAAAAUCUUAGUUUAUCAGAAGCUUGGCCUAAAAUUCUCAAAAAAUUAGCCUUUUUAUGAUUAUAUUGGUAAUAAUCUGGGAAAAGGGGGAUUAUUCAGAGCAGGGUCAAUGGAUAAUGGGGAUGGAAUAGCUGUUGGAUGGUUAGAACAUCCUCUCUUUAGUAGAGAUAAAGAAGGACGUGAGCUUUUUGUACGUCAUAUGCCUACUUUCUUUUAGAACAUUUUCGUCAAUUUUAUUUAAAUUUAAAUUAAAGCUCUAACAUUUAUUAUUUAUUAUGGAUCGGAGGGAGCCUCCACGCUUAUUAUGGGUUAAGGGAGUAAUAUAUUUGUGUACGGAGUAACCGAGUAAGAGCAAGCAAAUCCGUUUUAAUCGGAAGAAAAGAAUGGGAAGAAAAGAAAUAAAUUUUCCCACGGAACAGUAGAGGACAUGGUACAGGAGACGCACUGAUGGGGAUGAAUCUGGGCUUGGAGUAGACAUGGAGCAGCACGAAGGUGGCGGCAGUGGCGUCGUCUUGGCUGGGGAACCUGUGCAGCGCCCACAGCACCAUGGCCUUGGACUCCCCCGCCCCCACCGCCACGUACACCUUCUUCCCCUCCCCGCCGCCGGAGAAGGAGGAGGAGGACGUGUCCCGCGAUUCGCCGGCGGGCGACGCAGAUUCUCUCGUGACACAGGUGAUGGCGAAGAAGAUGGAGACGGGCAUCAAAUCCAGCAAGAACAAGAUGAGGUAUAAAGUAAAACUGAAGCAAAGCUGGUUGAUUUUACCGGUCAUGAUUCUCUCGGCAGGCUGGUGGACGUGCAGCAGGACAAGCUUGAGAUCACCGGCCAGGAGAUUCCGAGCUGCCCAGAAGAGGUUGGAUCUGCCGUCCUUGACGUCCUUCCCUACGGCCACAUACACCUCACCUCUGCCGCUGUCGUCAGCCUCAUCCUCCAAGAUUGUGGCCUCCUCGUCGAUCUCUCUGAGGCUGGCGCUUCUGUUACUACCACUGGUACUGGACGACAACCGCCCGCUCCCUCCACGCGUGAACAUACUCUCCACCUCGGGCCGAGGGGACCUAGGGGAGAAGGUCGGCAAUGGCGACGAUGAUGGUGAAGGGAGAGAAGCGUGGGCUCUGCUGACCACAGCCAUGAGGAAGCGACAAUGGUUAGCUACCACAGGAGAGGAAUGGGCAAACUAUCUCUUUUCCGAGAGUAGCAAGCAAUCUCUUGAGUGUAGAGAAAGAGAAAAGUAAAGUAAAAAAAGUGUAAUACUCUUAGACUGGGAGUUUGUUGGUGUUGGUGGCCAAGGCGACAAGGCGGACAGAAGCAAGGAGGAACCAACAAAUGGCUGCUUUCUCUUGCUCUCUCAGCUAAGGGUCAAUUUGGUUGUGAUGCAGAAACAAACAAUAAGUUGAAGCCUCCAAUCGAGGUAUGUUAACAUCCUUUGUAGAUAUUAUCCAGAAUUUUUGAUGAAAAAUACACCAUUCCUUCAGUGCGAGUCAGGAAAUGGCAGCUUCUGAGAAGCUUCCUGGUCCACUAGCUGUUUAGCUCUGGGCCAUCUCUUUCAGUCAACACAGAGCUAUUAAUGCUAAGAAAUGCAUGGCUUGUUCUUGCACAGCUGGCUAACUGGAGACUUGGAAUAUACCAGUAUCUUUGCUGCUUGUCAUGGUCAAAUGUACUAGCCCCUUGUCCUUGAAAUGAUCCCGGUGAUCUCUGAAGACUUGCUGGGGGAGAUGGGGUCAACGUCUCUGAUCGAACAGCUGUAACCUUAACUACUGCUAAUCAGAAAUGCAAUGGGGUGACUUUGGACCAUGACUAGCUAGUAAUUGUAUGGUGCUUGAUUACAUAAUAUUUCUUCAGAUGGUGGACGGAAUGGAAUCAGAAGCAUAUCCGGUGAGGGGCUUUGUAUAUCUGCGAGGGAUUCAUUUCUUUUGAAGGUGCCCGAGUCAAGGCUCUCAUUGCUGUACAUACUGAGAUCAAUCUCAUCAGGAAGGAAGAACUUAUUCAGGCUGGUUGGAAGCAGAGUCUGAGCAAUUAUGCAGUUCAGAGGAAACUAGUUCAUGAAUGAUAGCAAGGAGGGACCAAAACUGUCGGGUAUGCCUGCACUGCUUGUACACUUGAGAGGAGAUGUAUGUUUUCAGACACAUGGAGGCAUCAACGGUCGAAGAUGUCGGGAGACCACAAUGAGAAUGCGACGUGUUCUAACUCUCCGGUGCAAGAAAAAGGACAUGUAGUACAAGAAGAUGCAAUACAAGAAGAAGCAGAAGCAGGCGUUGGAGUUUUUGCAAGAAACUAGUGGCACUGAUGGCAACGACGGUGCCAGUAAUGGCAACGUGAUCACUACUGGCACCGAGGGAACAAAACUGAAGAAAAAACACGGCGAGAGGCGUCGAAACAAGCUCGACAAUAUAACAGAUAAUGUCUUGGAAGUAAGCCUUGCCAAUGGUGUGACGGCCAAUACGGAUGUAUUCUUCUAGAUACAGUUUCGGUCGACAAGAAGAACAUUAGGAAAAAUGCAGAUUUUUUUUGAACAUGUUUUGUAUUACUCAAGUAAUAUUGUUUUGUUUACAA